GAGCUCGCCAGCGGGGUCACUUCAGCGUCUGGUAUGGCUCGCGACUGGAACCGCGAGUACCAGACCCUGGUCAACUCGAUUGACGAUUCGGUCAUCCUCGCCGAGCACAAGAAAUUCCUCCGCCUUGCCUCAUUAGCCCGCGACUUUGUCUACGCCGCCCAGACCUACGGCAAGGUCAUCAUUGCCGAGAUGGGCCUACCCGACGAAGCAAAGACUAUCAAGCCGGUGGCCAUGGGUGGCAUCGCUGGCGGCGUCAAGUACGUCGUCCACGGUAUUCUCUUCAAGUUUGCUAUCGACGCCUCGGGCGUGUUUAAUGGCAACGACGAGGUAGCCGAAAAGGUGGCUUCCGACGAGAUGCGCGCUCUGCAGGCCGUGUACAAUGCACACGUUCCGGGCCUCCAGCUCCCGCUCAUGGUUCUCAUCAACUUUCGCGGCUUCCGUCUCAUCGCCUCGUCGCAGCUCCCUAUCUCCGACCAGACUCUGGUCUACGGCUCGUCCGACGCGGGCUCACACAUCUUCAACUCGGACCCCGAGUUUGCGGACGUCAUGGAUGCUCUUGCCAACAAGCUCCUGCUCCGCAAGCACUUUGCCGGGCCGGAUCCCGCAACUGCUCGCGAGAUCUACGGCCCCGCCGACAUCGAGGGCCACCGCGGCCGUGACGGCGCCCUGUACAUGAUUGACUUUGCACGCAUGUUCCCGCUCAUUCCACGACUGGCCCUCUCGGGCCUCUCGCCGGUCCAGACCAAGUUCCGGCCCGAACUUAUCAAGCGCGUCGGUAUCCGAGUCUCGUCCGACGCAGGCACACGCUUUGCCACGCCAGGCCCCGAUGCCGACUCUUGUGACAACGACAUCCUCUGGCUCUACAUUCAGCUGCUGGACACAGUCGUCCCCGAAGUUGCUGCCUCGCUCGACGCCUCUGCCGCCUCGCGCCCAGCUGUCAUGGACCCCGCCAUUGACGACGGCCCGCCGCCGCUUCGCACCAUUCUUGCCCGUGAUCCAGAGCUUGCGUCACCGCGUGGCCUUGCGGUCCGCCUCCGAAAGGCUGGCGUCAACCUCAAGUUCCUCGCAACCGUCCGCGCUGCCGUCACUGAUCCUGCCUGGCGGCUGCGCAUCCUGGUCGAGAUGGUUGCCCGUGCUGUCCACGCAGAGCUCAACGCCCGCCUCCGCGCCACUAUGAAAAAGGUCAAGCUUCCGUCCGAAGAGCCGCAUCGCGCCACUGUCGUCAACAUGCUCAACCUUGUCUUUGGUGCCUCACAACAGUCCCGCUCUUUUUGGGACGGCCAGCUCUCGCGCUCGGUCUCGGUCCGCUACCCACACAUUGUCAUCUCAUGGACCGGCUCCCGCAAGAGCGGCGAUAUUGCUGUCUAUGAGCGCGACGGCGGUGACGUACCGACUGGCCCAGCGCUUUAUGAGGCGCUCGUCCGCGACGGCCUCGGCCUGCUCCUCGCCCGCGUCGUCGACCUUGCCGGCAUUGAGCUGGUCCCGUCGACGUACGCAGCCGCGACGACCGACACUGCCAUCUUCACGGUCCCACACCCUUUUGCUCACACCGACAUUGCCGCCCUCCAUGCCCGGGUCCAGCAGCUCACCAUUGUCUCGUAUGCCGAAGGCACGCUCCACUUUAUCCAGGCCCGCAACCUCGCCCGCAAGACCGACGAACGGUGCACCAAGGAGUUCACCCGUAUCCGUGACCUUGCCCGCGCUCACUUUGAGUCGGUCCUUGACGUCAUGGACGACCCGGCAACGCUGACCAACUACGGCUUCCUUGUCGAGGACCUCGACAAGGACCACGAGGCGGCACUCCGGCUCUACGAGCGUGCCUUUACCAUUGAUCCCAACCAUGCCCGGUCGCUGUACUACUCCGCCAUGGUGUGGGAGCGCAAGAAGCGCGACUACGACCGCGCCGAGCAUUUUUACGCCUCCGCCAUCGCCGCCGACCCCACACACACCAACGCCCUUAAGGACUUUGCCAACUUUUGCCACACCCGCAUCAACGACAACACCCGCGCCCGCGAUCUCUACACCCGCGCCUUUGCCUCGAACCCGCACCACGUCAAGGCUGCGGCCAUGCUCGCAAAGUUCAAACUCGCCGUCGGCGAUGAUGUCGCCGAUGUUGUUGACGCCGUCGCCGCCAUCGAGACAGCUGUUGUCGCAUCCGGCUACUUUGCUUGGGUGUCCGCCGCAUCGUCGCCUCGAUCAUCAAGGCGCUCAAGUCGAAUGGGCAUCCCGCCGCCGCCGACUCCUGUGCCGCCACCCUCAGCCGCUGCGAUGACGCCGCGACACACCACUAAUGCUUGUUGCAAAGGUCGGCUUUACUCUACCAAGCCGGGCGUCCUGCCAAGUUAGGUAAACGACUCGCCCGAG